AUGGGCGGCGCUAGAAACAUCUCCCACGGCCGCGGCGGCGCAGGCAACAUCUUUUCCGGCAACAAUGAAUCCCGCACCACUCCAAAGGACCUCGUCACCCCCACCAUCAAGCAAGACAUCUUCACCACCGGUCGCGGCGGCUCCGGUAACAUGAUGCACAAUGAUCCGGAACACCCCGAGAUAGCCCGAGAAAUGCAGGAUGUGGAGUCGCCCCCGUUGCGCGUGGAAGAAGCACCGCACUUUAUGGGCCGAGGCGGCGCUGCAAAUGCAUAUAUUCCCUCCGCGGAAGAAGAGAAGCGCGUGCGCGAACAGGAAGAGGAGCAGUUGAGGCGUGUGCGCACGCAAUCGAAGGAUCGCAGGAAGGACGCUGAGACCGCGAGUGUCGCUGGUGAGGGUGGUGCUGGUGCUGGUGGUGGAGGUGGUGAAGAACGGAAUCCGUCCAGUUGA